AUGGAGCCCGAUCGUAUCGUUGGCAGGUUGCCGGCGCGCGUAUUCCGCAGUGUUGCAGAGCCUUCGACCAUCUCCAAGUCUCUAGGCCAGCAGAAGAAGACCAUUGAAGUCAACGGCCAGACGAUCACGACCGACGAGUGGUUCAAUGUCCCACAGAACGUCCUCGACGCGGCGUCGCGCAAGCUGCACCUGCAAAAGGACCACCCAGUUUACAUUACCCGACAGAUCAUCGAGUCGCAGUUCCCCGCGCCGACGUACAAGUACCACAACACGUUCGACCCGGUCGUCUCGACGCACCAGAACUUCGACUCAUUGGGUUUCCCCUUGGAUCACCCUGGCCGAGCGAAAUCGGACACCUACUACUUCAACAAGGAGACACUGCUGAGGACGCACACCAGUGCGCACCAGGCGCAGACGUUCAAGCAGAACCUGAGCGAAGGAUACCUGAUCAGCGCCGAUGUGUACAGGCGAGAUGCCAUUGAUAGGAGCCACUACCCCGUCUUCCACCAGAUGGAGGGCGCGCGCAUGUGGGAUCGUACCAAGGUGCCCAACGGCGACAUCGCGGCUGCUGUCUGGGAGGACGUGAAUAAGCUGCCAACACACAACGUCAAGGUCGAGGACCCGCAUCCUGCCUUUGACGCGGAGCGGAACCCUCUUCAAGAGGGACACCACACGCCAGCCGAGGCCGAGGCCAUUGGCGCUCACCUGAAGCGCUCCCUCGAACUCAUGGUUGUUGAAAUCUUCACGAGAGCAAAGGCUGCAGCAGCAAAGGCGGACCCUAACUACAAGGACGAGCCGCUGCGGGUUCGCUGGGUGGAGGCAUACUUCCCAUUCACCAGCCCAUCGUGGGAACUUGAGGUCUACUAUGCCGGCGACUGGUUGGAGGUGCUGGGUUGCGGUGUGGUGAAGCAGGAUAUCCCGAUCAACGCCGGAGUUCCGAACCAGCUGGGCUGGGCUUUCGGCAUUGGUCUGGAGCGAAUUGCCAUGCUGCUCUUCCAGAUACCCGACAUCCGCCUCUUCUGGUCUCAGGACGAGAGAUUCUUGAGUCAAUUCAAAGGCGUGUCCGACCAGCUGGAUAACAUGAAGCGCUUUGUGCCCUUCUCCAAGUACCCGGCCUGCCACAAGGACGUCUCCUUCUGGUUGCGCAGCAUCUCAGCAGCCGGCGGGAACACGAGAGCUAGUGCACAGGACUUCCAUGAGAACGAUGUUAUGGAGCUGGUUCGGGAUAUCGCCGGUGACCGCGUCGAGGACGUCCGGCUUGUGGACGAGUUCACCCAUCCCAAGACGGGGAGGCGCAGCAUGUGCUAUCGCAUCAACUACCGAAGCUUGGAGCGCACCCUGACUAACGACGAGACCAACGACCUACACAACGAGGUGACCCGGAAAUUGGUGGAAAAGCUGGGUGUCGAGAUCCGGUAA